AUGGCCUCCCUCCGCACUACUUCGCGACUCUUCGCUGCGUCGCGCCCGCUGUUCCGGCCCGCCUCUUUCGCUCGCUCCUAUGCCACCGUCGAGGCCAAGAAUGUCGAGCCUACCCCCUCGGAGAACCCCUCCAUGAAGACCUUCAAGGUCUACCGUUGGAACCCGGACACUCCGAGCGAGAAGCCUACCAUGGAGAGCUACCAGCUCGACUUGAAGAAGACUGGCCCCAUGAUGCUUGACGCUCUCAUCCGCAUUAAGAACGAAAUCGACCCUACCCUGACUUUCCGCCGCUCUUGCCGUGAGGGUAUCUGUGGUUCCUGCGCCAUGAACAUUGACGGUGUCAACACUCUGGCUUGCUUGUGCCGCAUCCCCACCGACGCUUCAGAGUCUCGCAUCUACCCCUUGCCCCACACCUACGUCGUCAAGGAUCUCGUCCCGGAUCUUACCCUGUUCUACAAGCAAUACAAGUCUAUCAAGCCCUACCUGCAGCGCGAUACCCCCUCCGAGGACGGCCUUGAGUUCCGCCAAAGUCCCGCGGACCGCAAGAAGCUCGACGGUCUCUACGAAUGUAUUCUGUGCGCCUGCUGCUCUACUUCCUGCCCAUCCUACUGGUGGAACAGCGAGGAGUACCUCGGCCCUGCCAUCCUCCUCCAGUCUUACCGUUGGUUGGUCGACUCUCGUGACGAGCGCACCCACGAGCGCAAGGCCGCCCUCGACAACAGCAUGAGUGUCUACCGUUGCCACACCAUUCUCAACUGCACACGAACCUGCCCCAAGGGUCUCAACCCCGGUCGUGCCAUCGCUGAGACCAAGAAGCUGCUGGCCGCCUAG